UGCUCGGGGGUUAAGGGCAGAACGCAUUGUAGUACAUUUCCGUUCCCUCCCCUGAUCGAGUUUCUGAUUCCCUUGAACCCUCAAGCCCGUCGCCUGGUCUUGCCGGUUCUAGGGUUUCGCUCCUCCCUACCUCUCCGAUCUCGAUGGCCGCUUCUUGCUCCAAGACACUGAUCUCUCCCUCCGUCGGCGGGGCGCCUCCGCGCUGGAAGAGGACCCCGCCCCUCCGCCGGAUCGACGUCCGCCCCAGGCGCCGGAACGGCGUCGGUGGUCGAUCCCUCUCCAUAUCCUGCGGAAGCUCCGAUCCGGACGUGGAGAACGGCUUAUCCGAAGGUCAUGCCUCGAGGGAAAACGAGCAGUUCGUUGGGUGGUUCCGCCAGGCCUGGCCGUACAUUAGGGGCCACAGAGGAAGCACCUUCGUCGUGGUGAUAUCUGGAGAAAUCGUGGACAGCCCCAACUUGGACAGCAUCCUGCAGGAUAUAUCACUGCUUCAUGGUCUAGGGAUCAAAUUUGUUCUUGUUCCUGGAACCCAUGUCUUGAUAGAUAAGCUUUUGCAUAAGAAAGGAAGCAAGGGGAAGUAUGUUGGGCAGUACCGAAUUACUGAUUCUGAUUCACUAGAGGCAGCAAUGGAAGCUGCUGGGAGAAUUCGUCUUGUAAUUGAAGCAAAGCUUUCGCCGGGACCCCCUAUAUUAAAUCUUCGUCGGCAUGGUGAUCAUAGUCGUUUUCAUGAUCUUGGUGUUGGCGUGGCUAGUGGCAACUUUCUUGCAGCCAAGAGAAGGGGAGUUGUUGAAGGUAUAGACUUUGGAUCAACUGGCGAAGUGAAAAGGAUAGAUGUAUCUAGUAUAAGAGAAAGGCUUGACAGAGAUUGUAUAGUUAUAGUUAGCAACCUUGGCUAUUCAAGUUCAGGAGAAGUCCUAAAUUGCAACACCUAUGAAGUUGCUACUGCCUGUGCUUUAGCCAUUGAGGCAGACAAAUUGAUUUCCAUUGUCGAUGGCCAGAUACUCGAUGAACAUGGACGAUUUAUACGUUUCAUGACUCUCCGAGAUGCUGACUUGUUAAUUAGAAAGAGAGCUAAGCAGAGUGAGACAGCUGCAAACUACGUUAAAUUUGUUGGUGAAGAUAUUAAUUCUUCUGGCUAUCUUCAUUCAAAUAUAAGUGGUACAAUUUCAUGGAAGGAGAAAGACUUCAUUCAAAGUCACAGAGCAACAUUUCAGAAUGGUGUUGGGUUUGAUAAUGGGAAUGGAUGGUCUGGCGAACAAGGAUUUGCUAUUGGUGGCGAAGAACGGCUAAGCAGAUUAAAUGGUUACCACUCAGAAUUGGCUGCAGCAGCAUUUGUUUGCAAGGGUGGAGUUCAGAGAGUUCAUUUAAUUGAUGGAACUCUUGGGGGAGCCUUGCUUCUGGAAUUAUUUACCAGAGAUGGAGUAGGGACUAUGGUGGCUAGUGAUGUCUAUGAGGGAACACGGAUGGCUACAGUGGCAGAUCUUCCUGGUAUAAAGAAGCUUCUCCAACCAAUGGUAGAAUCAGGUGCCUUGAUUCGAAGGACUGAUGAAGAGCUUCUUUGUUCAUUGGAUUCCUUUAUCGUUGUUGAAAGAGAUGGUUCAAUUAUUGCAUGUGCUGCUCUUUUCCCUUUCUUCGAGGAUAAGUGUGGUGAGGUUGCUGCUGUGACUGUGUCUCCGGAGUGCCGAGGUCAUGGACAAGGAGAUAAAUUACUCGAUUACGUAGAGAAGAAAGCAACGUCUCUUGGACUAGAGAGACUUUUCCUGCUGACAACUCGUUCUGCAGAUUGGUUCGUGAGGCGUGGCUUUUCCGAGUGUUCCAUCGAGUCCAUUCCAGAGCAGAGAAGGAAAAGAAUCAAUCUUUCGCGUGGAUCGAAGUAUUACAUAAAGAGGCUGUAUCCGGUGCUAGAUGUUGCUUACUGAAGGAUAUGCUUUGACCAUGGUAGUAGGAGUAGGUGGCGGAGGAUGAACGGGAAGUGGGAGGUGUUACUAUUCGACGGGAAGCAUGACUUCGUUGGUGCGGAGGAGACGCAGCGUCCAGGGCGGGUUGUACCUGGCGAGGAGGAAGUCGCCGACCACCUUGUGGCCGUCCCGCUCUAAGCUCCGCCUCAGCUGCUGCAUCCUCUCCGCCGCCACCUCGUCGGAGGCCACCCCGCUGAACUUCGCCACCCCGUACUUGGCCUCCUCCUCCUCCUCCUUCACCACCAGCAGCUCGUCCAUGGGCGCCGGCGCCUCCGCCGCCCCCGCGUACUUGGACGGCAGCACGAACUGCAUCGUCACCGCCCCGCCGCUGCGGGUGACGACCCGUCAUGUCGAUCUUCUCCGGACGGUCCUUGCUGACGACGGCUGCGGUCAUGGCGAUCUUCUCCGGGCGGACGUUCUGCGGGUCGCCGAGGGCGCCGAUGUAGUUGGCCAGGAUUAUGAAGCCGCCGUCGCGGUCGUUGCGGAACUUGGAGGGGUCGUAGUUGACUUCGGCCACCACACGAAGGAAGUACUUGCUGAUCUGGUAGUCUGCGGCCGCGCGGAUGACUUCAUAUUUGGGCGUCUCUACCGUGAUCUUCCCCAACACCAAACCCAUCUCUCCCUCACUUUCGCUUCGUCGAUAUGAACGUGGGCGCGUGUAUAUUUAUAUAUAUAGUCGCUUGCUUGGUAAAGAAGGUGUGGUGGUGGUGGCAAUGGCAGUCGCAGGACGAGACGGGGGCCCGAGGAGGAGGGAGGCGGCACAGACGUGUCCUGGCGUCAUGCCGUGGUGCGAUUCAUUUGCUCGCUUCGGGAAGGAGGGCGGCCUCGAUGGGAUUCGGAAACAUUGGAUCGCCGGUUGGGUAAGAAAACUUCUACUUAUCAAACUGGAUCGUACUUUAUUUUCUUUUGCUGAUAUUGCUUGACACGUAACCCAAUGUGAAGGCUUCGGACGUAGACUGAUGUGUUAAACAUUGAUUGGAUGGUAUAUUCGUUAAAAGACAAAAUAUUCACGACAGUCGUAAAUUGUCAUUUUCCAAAGAUUUUUUUUUUU